UUAUAAUUAAUAAAACCAUUUGACAAAUAUAAGCUGACUUACUCUAAAUAAGAUAUUAUUAAAUGGAUCGUAAAGAUUUUAAAGCAAAAUGUUUCUAGUCACAAUAAAGCAAUAGAUGAUCAGCCUAUUCAAAUCGGAAAUAAAUUGCUUAAUAAUUGCACGUGUUUCUGACUGCAAAACAAUUCAUCCGACUAAAUAAUAGUUUCAUCAUCAUUUCGCCAUGAAGUUCGUGGCGGUCAGAGUUCUGGCCUUAGUUUUUGUUACUCUGGAGUGUAGUGGAGAUAUUAAAACCCGACACACGAACAUAAAGUGCGAGACUUUAGACAAAUCUGUCUUGGAGUUUCCUGUGUGUCGGCUUAAAGUCCUAGGACGUGGCAUCAUCGGAGCAAGUGCGCACUUGAAGUUUCGGAAACUGCCAUUAAGAAGUAUUUUGAUUAACUUGAGCAGCUGGAAAAGAGUGUCGGGAUACCAACCGUUCCUCUUUAAUGUCACCGUGGACUUUUGUCGCUACAUAAAGCAUCCGAACCCUCUGAAUUUUUUCCACUAUUUUUAUUUAGGCAUUAGGACCUUUAUCAAUUUAAAUCACACCUGCCCUUAUAACCACGACAUUAUCCUGAAGGACUUUGUUCUAAACGAUAAAAUGUUUGCCAAAGUUCCAUUUCCCAAGGAUAGUUACAUGUUCAGCAUUAAAUUCGCAACCAAUGGGGUAUGGACAGGCAUUAUUAAUUCAUAUUUGGACAUUAAUGUGGACGGUAACCCAAAUAUAUAUUUUUAA